UUCCGAGCAGAGCAGAGAGGAGAGGAGAGGACAGAAGAAAGGGAACUGCUAUUUAAAACGAAAUUUAGAACCAAACACACCUUUUCCGUCUUAACAUAUUAUUAAACUACGGGGUGAACAGUACCUUCAACCUGACCAACCAACGACUUCCUCUGGCAUCCGCCGCCGGGAUGCAGAACCCCGGGAAGGAACACCUGUACAAGGUGUUGGUGAUCGGGGACUUGGGUGUAGGGAAGACCUCCAUCAUUAAGCGGUAUGUCCAUCAGACGUACUCCACCAACUACCGCGCCACCAUUGGCGUGGAUUUCGCCCUGAAGGUCCUGAACUGGGACUCUGAGACCGUACGGCUACAACUUUGGGACAUCGCCGGUCAAGAGCGGUUUGGGAACAUGACCCGUGUGUACUACCGAGAGGCCAUGGGGGCGUUCAUCGUGUUUGACGUGACACGGCCGACUACCUUCGAAGCCAUCACCAAGUGGAAGGAGGACCUGGACUCUAAACUCAUGCUGACCAACAGAGAGAGCAUCGCCACGGUCCUAUUGGCUAAUAAAUGUGACCAUGGGCGGGAGGUUCUGACCAAUAACGGCGUGAAGAUGGACCAGUUCUGUAAAGACAACGGCUUUGUGGGCUGGUUCGAGACCUCAGCCAAG